AUGAACCCUUCGGUGUUGGUCACUGCCAUACGAAGACCAAUCGUUAAUAGUUGUAUCAUAGCUGAGCCACCAACGGACGUUCAUCUAUUGAAUGACCUAUUGAAAGAGGGUGACAAGAGGCGUGUUGCCCCCAAAACUCGUGUGCUUCGUCCUCAGCCGAAGUUACGUGAACAGGAACUGUGUGGUCCGCGGGGAAUUAUGUCCUUGAAGAAAAUGUUCGACGGGUACAAACCCAAUCCAAAGAAAAAUCCCUAUGAAAAACUGGCGGACGUGAUGAACAAAAUUGAAUAUUGGGCGCAUUUACUACAUCCGAAAAUGAAAUUUGAAGAUGUCAUUGAUUCGAUUGAAACACUUGGUGGCAAGAGAGCGGUCAAGGUUCGUCUUGAUAUGUCUAUCAUUUCAUCUUAUCGUUUCCAGUUGAUCAGCUCUUUAGACAUUCUGUUCGGUCUCUUUCAGACAUAUAUGGAAAAGAUGAGAAUGGAUAUGCCAUUAACAGAUGAAGAUUUCGCAUCAAUAUCGAAUCCAGAUGGUGCUUCGCCAUCGAAGACGCGUGAAGAAGGAGAAGAAGAUGCUACCGCAGCUAUUGAGCCUAGUGGUACUAGUGCAGUUGUCACAAAUCCACCCGAUGAGGACUAUGAUGAUUUUAUCGAUGAUUUCUACACUGAGCCUAGUAGCUCAGUGAAUGCGUUUGAAACUCCACAAACGCAAAAUGUUUCUUUUCAGCAGUCUGUUGAGUUGACCGAAGCUCAACGUGAACGUAUUGCUGCAAAUAAACGAAGAGCUGAAGAACUUCGGGCAAAACGUGAAGCGAUGCUGAAACAGAUUGAACAAGGCACUUCGAAUGAGAAGCACGAAGACGUGCAGCCGCCUCAAACUAACCUCCAAACCGGUUCAUCCACCGAAGAAACGUCGCAAAUUGUGUCCACAACUGAGAUGUCAACAGAUAUGAUGGAUGAUAGCGAUGCAAUGGACUAUAUCUUUUCGACCGACUGA